AUGCAGCCCAAGACCAGACACCCCAGUUUCGACAGAGCUGCCCGGCCAGCAGCACAGACGCUGGCCCCGGCAGAGCACAGCCUCCAGGGCGAGGGUGACCCGCUGCCACCCGCUGCCCAGACCCCGUGGCUCCGGGCGCCCGCGCAGCAGGGGGCGCGGGCAGUUUCUGCCGGUGCUGCCUCCACCUCGGCUCGGAGACAGACCGCGGUCCCUCCGAGGCGACAGAAGCCCCGACUGUGCGGCGCUCGAACCCCGCAGGGUGACAGUCGGGGAAGGCUCACGCCCUCCUCUGCCUCCCCAGGCGGGCCUCUCCGAGCCCCGGGGCCAGCCUGGGAGCCCGCGUGCGGCGCGGACACGCGUGUGAGUUCCCUUGCGCCCGUCCUCGGCAUGGAGACGAGCCCCGGCCCCGGCAACGGCACCCCCGAGGCGUUCGGCCUGGCCCUCGCGAACCGGACGGGCGCGCUCUUGGCGCAGCAGCAGUACGCCGUCGGGCUCUUCCUCUCCUGCCUCUACACCGUCUUCCUCUUCCCCAUCGGCUUCGUGGGCAACAUCCUGAUCCUGGCGGUGAACAUCAGGUUCCGGGACAGGAUGACCGUCCCCGACCUGUACUUCAUCAACCUGGCGGCGGCGGACCUCAUCCUGGUGGCCGACUCCCUGAUCGAGGUGUUCAACCUGGACGAGCAGUAUUACGACAUCGCCGUGCUGUGCACCUUCAUGUCCCUCUUCCUGCAGGUCAACAUGUACAGCAGCAUCUUCUUCCUCACCUGGAUGAGCUUCGACCGCUACCUGGCCCUGGCCCGUGCCGUGCGCUGCGGCCCGUUCCGCACCAAGCAGCACGCCAGGCUGAGCUGCGGCCUCGUCUGGCUGGCCGCGGUCUCCGCCACGCUGCUGCCCUUCGCCGCCGUGCACCUGCAGCACGCCGGCGACGGCUGCUUCUGCUUCGCGGACGUCAAGGAGGUGCAGUGGCUGGAGGUCACCUUGGGCUUCAUCGUCCCCUUCGCCAUCAUCGGCCUCUGUUACUCGCUCAUCGCCCGGGCGCUCGUCCAGGCUCACCGGCACCGGGGCCUGCGCCCCCGGCGGCAGAAGGCCCUGCGGAUGAUCGUGGCCGUGGUCCUCGUCUUCUUCGUCUGCUGGCUGCCCGAGAACGUCUUCAUCAGCGUGCACCUCCUGCAGCGGACGCCGCCGGGGGCCUCGCCCUGCCAGCAGUCCUUCCGCCACGCCUACCCCCUCACCAGUCACAUCGUCAACCUCGCGGCGUUCUCCAACAGCUGCCUGAACCCCCUCAUCUACAGCUUCCUGGGGGAGACCUUCAGGGACAAGCUGAGGCUGUACGUCGAGCAGAAGACAAGCGUGUCGGCUCUGAACCGUUUCUGCCACGCGGCCCUGAAGGCCUUCAUUCCGGACAGCCCCGAGCAGCCGGAGGUGAGGCUCAGCAGUGUGGCGUAGGCCCAGCGGCCCCAGCCGGCUCGUGGCACUGCCCGGGGCCCGGGGCAGGGAGGCGGCAGAGCACUGCCACAGACUCGCCUGCGC